CUUAUUUUUUCCCCCCUUCAUCUUGCUUGUGUUGUUUUCGUAUAAACAGUAGAAAUCUGCCAAACAAAAAGUGGAGUUACCUGGUGGCUUAUAGCCGAGUUUUCAGUUCCUUCACUUGUCUUGCAGCAAACAGUUUGAUUUGCUGUCUUUCAUGAGCUCUAUAAUAGGCUGUGUUCUGGCAAAUGAGAAGCUCUUCUUAUAAUCAAAGCCCUAGUUCAAGAUCCAAAGCAAAAGGAACAUCCCCAUUACUCUGUAACGACAAAGACCAACGAGAUCUUCUUUCUUUCAUGGAUUCGAUUCGAGUAAUGGAUCACACCGGCGGCGAAAACGGCGCCACCAACCUUGUAAACGUUAGCCAUGACGGUGGCACUUCGUCUUCUUCUCCUCCUCCGACCUCGAGCCGCUACGAGAACCAAAAGCGCCGUGACUGGAACACUUUCGGGCAGUUUUUGAAGAAUCAUAGGCCGCCGCUUUGCUUGUCCAGGUGCAGUGGAGAUCACGUACUCGAAUUCCUUCGCUACCUUGACCAAUUCGGCAAGACUAAAGUCCACACCCCAAUCUGUCCUUUUUACGGCCACCCGAACCCACCAGCUCCUUGCCACUGCCCGCUUCGUCAAGCCUGGGGUAGCCUCGACGCUCUCAUCGGCCGCCUCCGUGCCGCCUUCGAAGAAAACGGAGGAAACCCCGAAGCUAACCCGCUCGGGGCACGAGCCGUGAGGCUUUAUCUUCGUGAAGUUCGUGAUUUGCAGUCGAAAGCAAGAGGGAUUAGCUACGAGAAGAAGAAGCGUAAACGACCACCACAACCUCAACAAAUCCCAUCUCUCCCACUCCCACCACCGCCACCAGGUGCAAGUUAAAAAAACGCCGCCAAAAACCCAUCUCUCCUUGCUUGGUCCAUGUGGGGUGGUUUUUUUAUCUUUAAUUUUGCCAUAUAAGUACAUUUCUAGGGUAGUUUUUCCACUUUCCUGUGCUCCCAGUUUCCUAUUCGCAGUGGUGAAAACUGGUAAUAUCACUAGCUUUUUUCUACAGAUUUCAGGAGAAGACCUUUAAAUCUACUUUUGAUGCAAACACUGCUAUUAUUCCUCGGUUAUGACUACUACUAGUAC